CGUCGCGACGUUCGUUUCGAAUUUUAUCCUUCAUUUUCCCUCACCAUUUUUAUCACGACAAUCUUCCCUACGUCAUAAUUAUAUAUACAUAUACAUUAUUCACAAACAUCCACAUAAAAUCCUAACAUUUAUUCACAAGUCUUAUAAUACCUAGUAGUUGAUGUAAAUAAAUUUUUUGACGCGAACAAACUGCAAGUGCGAUUUUUUCAUACUAUAAGAGGCUGCUAUAAAAGAGGGUGAGUUCUUCCAUCCGCGAUUCUGAGGAUCGAUAAACCAGGAGAAUGUUCAAGAAAGCACUCACUGAGUCUGGCAGAAGGAUUCUAAAAGCGAUUAAAAAAUUGUCAACGAAGAGUCGAGCAAUGAGGAAAUCACAAGAAAAGCAACGAACAUUAAUUAAUCAACAAGUUAAUUACGAAUUGGUAACAACAACAAUACCAGGAUGGAGUCCAACGUAUAUAGAGUCAGAUGUCACAUCAUUGUCUUGGUCCUUAAACUCUUUGGAUGCUAAGAGCGUUGACACGUAUGUGACGUAUGUUAUGGAGGGUUUGGAUGAGUGCAAUUCAAUGUGCUGCUACUGUACCGAGCACGAGAAUCAGAGAAAUGAGAACAAGGAAAACGAGAUGAUUAUUUAACCAAAAAUGAUACGAAGAUUUUUUAAUAUUAAUAUUUAUUUACUCAUAUAUUUAUAGCCAAAAAAAAAUGCAAGAAUAACCAAAGUUACCAAGUACUAAAAAAAAUAUCAAUAAUUAUAAUUAAUUAUAAAUAUUUAAUGGAAGAGAGAAUUUUUUAUGACGGUACAGUAGAAUAAAUUUAGGUUGACCUUUGAUUAAGGGAUUAAAUUAAGUGAUUAAUUAAUAAAAUUAAUUAAGCUCAUAAAAAACUAAUUUAAAGUCAAUCUUCCAUUUACUCACGAUAGCAAUAAUUAUUAGCUUACGAUUAAAUCAUGGCAACGAAAUGUUUUUUUGUUCAAUUGCCUAUUUUAUCGGCACCAAAGCAAAUGAUAAUGAAUAAUUAUAAUUAUUAUAUAGAGAC